AUGCGAGUCUCGAGCUACUACCCCCUCAAGACCUUCCCGCACCGCUAUGCUCAGAUGCUCGACUGCUAUCUCCAUGGCAUGCCGAUCUGCCAGUGUCCGACGGAAUGUGAUGGAUGUCAGCGCGAGCUCGAUCCCUCCGUUGCUGCACAUCAUCUCCAGACCUGCAAACGCCGAUCCUCCAAGCUUCCCACGGCGCAUGACAACCUUACUCGUACGAUUCGGUCGAUGCUGAACGAAGCUGGUCUUCAGAGCGUCAUCGAUACAGUGGGGGAUCCUCGUUCUCGACGGCAGGUACCCUCCCAUCCUCAUGGCCGCAAGAUGAAGGGCGAUAUCCACAUCCCUGGAAUCCGCGAUCGAGGGUCCGAGCAGUACGAAGGCUUGAUGGCGGACGUGACGUUGGUCCACCCUUACAUUGCGUCUGAGAAGAUUCGCAAACAUCGCGCUGCAUAUGCUAUCACUACUCCUCCUCGAGCGUUCAUCCCUCUUGCCAUCUCGACGGACGGUACCCUGCAUCCUGACACCCUCCGCUUCAUCUGGUAUUUGGCGGACAUCAUUGCUCAGCGCUCGAUGCCUCUUGAGGAUGCGGCGUUUGGUCGGCACUUCGUGCCUGAUGACGGUGCUGCUGAGGUCUUGGCUCGCAAACGCGCCGCCACCUAUCAGCGCCUCACUAUGCAGCUGACGCUGGAGGCGCUCUUGUCUGGUGCGAGGCGCAUGACGCCCUUGCGGGCGCAAGCACUUCUCGAGCCAGAGGACAGCUCCUCCUCGGACUUUGUCGAGUCGCCCGAGGGGGAGUCUUCGCCGGAGGUCUCCGACUCCGAUGGGGGAAACACGUCGAGUGGCGCCGACGAUCGGCGCGGAGCUGGCCAAGCGUCUCCGUCCCUCACUGUGACGUCCGCUGCAGCCACAAAGCGGGCGGCCGCGGACGGGUCCGCCAGGGGCAGCGGACGGAGGGAGGCUGGACACAGGAACACGAGCGUCAUCGAUACAGUCGGGGAUCCUCGUUCUCGACGGCAGGUGCCCUCCCAUUCUCAUGGCCGCAAGAUGAAGGGCGAUAUCCACAUCCCUCAGGGAAUCCGCGAUCGAGGGUCCGAGCAGUACGAGGGCUUGAUGGCGGACGUGACAAUGGAUUUACUGGCAGAAGCCACUCUCCGAUGCGAGUCUCGUAUGCUCAGAUGCUCGACUGCUAUCCGAUCUCCAUGGCAUGCCGAUCUGCCAGUGUCCGACGACGGAAUGUGA